CGCUUUUGAGGGGAUGGUCAUAGCGCUGACCAGUUCAGCUUUUCCCCACAAAAUUGAAGGGCCUGUCUCCUCUCGUUUAACGAUUAGCUCGUUGGAAGCGGGAUGUACGCCAAGGAGAUUUUGUUAGCAGCCUUCUGCAUUUUGCUAUCGCACAGGCCUCAAUUAAGUCACGCUAUCAAAUGCGGGUGCCUGGAAAAGCCACCGAAGUACAAGACCUGCAGGGACGCUUUUUGUAGGCCCAAUCUAACUCCAACUUCCAUCAUGAAUCAACAUCACCACUGCGUCUGCAGGCUGGGCACCUACCGCAAUCCCUGGGGUCACUGUAUAACCCUGGAGGAAUGCAAGAGCUGUGGUACAUACCGGACGAAGAGCUACAAUCUCUGUGCGUCCGAGUGUCCCAUGAGAUGCGACCAGCCCAUACCAAGCUGUUCCAGCAGAUGCGUCGCCCGGUGCGACUGUGCUCCAGGAUACGUGUUGGACAGACAUAACGAUAGAGAGUGCGUCAAGGCUGACUGCUGCCCUCCGAAGUGCCCUGCCAACUCGAAGUUCAAGCUCUGCGUCUCAAACUGUCGGCCUAUGUGCAACAGGCCACAACCACGGAAAUGCUUUAACGAUUGUUUGAGAGGCGGCUGCGUGUGCAACCACGGCUUCGCCGAAACCAUUGUAGGAGGCGUGAUGACCUGUGUGCCGCAGUUCACCUGUAGUCAAAGAGACAAACAUCACCAGAGACAAAGUCUCUGAAAGAAUACGAUUUCUUGUGCUGGAAGAAAACUAUUCCCACGUGUUUAGGGCUUAAGCAAAAUUAGCAAUAAAAUUUUCCUGCAAUAGUA